UGUAUGUUUCCAUUAUAGCCUACUGCUGUAAAAGAAGAGGCGAAGAGCAGCCAUUUUGAAACGCGAAGUCGCCCUUAAGCAUCUUAAAUGGGAGUGGUCAGAGUUUCUCCCACUUUUCGAGUGGGAAGUUCAAGUUAGGCAUUCCAGAGAAUUUUUCCUACUGGAAAGUCAUAAUUUCCAAGUUCGGAUUACAAGUGGAGUACCACUAAUGCCUAAAUGUUGCCUGAUUAUGGAAGCAAUCAAUAGUGUAUCUAAUAAAGUGAUAAGUGUAUCUAAAAUAUCAGCUACGCAUGACAAAUGAGUUAACUGUACUGAAGUUUUCACUUGGAUUGUAAUCAAAAUCUGUUGAUUGGAAAAAUACAUAAUCGAAUCAUCAUUGAACAUCACAUUUAUAAAUUAAUGUCUAAUUAACGUCUAGGUGAUUCUAAAGAGUAAUAUUCAGAGUUCAUCUUUAUAGUGUGCUUUCUGUAUCUUAAUUGAGAUAUUAAAGACUAACACAAUUUCUUCGGAUUCCCUUACACAAACUGUGAUGUUUUCUAUGUACCUUUUCGAAAAUAACAUUCUUACUUAUUUGUUUAUUUUUGGAGGAGGGGGGGGGAAUCCUGCAUUCAACCCAGUGAGGCGUACUAUCCCUUUAAUUGUCGGUUGGGCUUUCUGUGUUUGUUUAGGUGUCCAUUAGUUCUUCUUCGUCGUUUGUUUAGGUGUCCAUUAGUUCUUCUUCGUUUGUUUAGGUGUCCAUUAGUUCUUCUUCGUCGUUUGUUUAGGUGUCUAUUAGUUCUUCUUCGUCGUUUGUUUAGGUGUCCAUUAGUAGUUCUUCGUCGUUUGUUUAGGUGUCCAUUGGUUCUCCGUCGUCGUUUGCGUGAUGAGCAGCAGCCCUGCUGGACUCUGUGUCGGACGCAGGCAGCGUGUGCUGAGGGAGGAGCUAAAGUUUGGAGGCAUGAAAAGGGAGCAUCGUUCAGUUUGUAGCGUAGGAGAUUUGCUUUCACACGCUGGGAGGAUGUACGCCGCUUCUCUGUCAGCGCCGGGCGCAUUCUGAGGAUUUAGCCUUUGACUUUGGGUCCGUUUCUUUCUUUUAAUUAAUUUUUUUGGCACUUUUACCCAGGGACCGGGCGUUGUUCUCUGCGGAAGAUCCAAAACAAUUAUCACUAGACGGCCACUCGGAAGGAGCUUUAAGUACAAGAAAACAAGCAGCCGUUGAGCCAGAAGGGAUUCCUUUUCUCCGGGCUAACUCUGCGUGUGCGGACCUCUGAGAGCGCAAGAAUCCAGCCAAGGACGCGUCCACUUCCUCCUUUCCCCUGCCCUUCUCAGCCUGCAGGAAGAUGGGAGUGAAAACAUAGCUGUGCGGAUUCAAGAGGAGCUCUUAAUGAAUUCCAGGGAAUCCUAAAAACAAACUGAGCAUUUGUCGGUGUGUAAGAACUCGGCAGCCAUGUGCUCGGUCGCUGUGACCAUCCGGCGUCUUUUGGCUGCCGCGCUGCUAUUGGCUGGAGGCCUGGAGUCGGCGAGUGAAACUGAGGAGGACGUCACGCCGCGCAUCAGCUUUCCAUACAAUGCAAAGGAGAGAUCGGCCAAGAGAUUUUCGGUGGGUGGCGUCUUCAAUUACACGUCUCUGCUGCUGAGCCAGGAGGACGACAUGCUGUACGUCGGAGCCAGGGAGGCGCUGUUCGCCCUCAGCCUCUCGGAUAUCAGCAAGACCAAGCUGCAAAAGAACCUGACGUGGGGAACUCCUGCCGGAAAAAGAGACGAGUGCAGCUUUAAAGGAAAGAACUUGGAGACCGAUUGCUUCAAUUACAUCAAAAUUCUCCUGCGGCUCAAUAGCACUCAUCUCUAUGUGUGUGGUACCUACGCCUUCAGUCCCGUCUGUGCCUACAUAAACACGUCCACGUUUACGCUGGCGAGGGACGAAGCGGGCGAGGUCGUGACGGAGGACGGGCGGAGCCGCUGCCCUUUCAACCCGGAGUACAAAUCCACCGCCAUCAUCGUGGACGGGGAGUUGUACACCGGUACCGUCAGCAACUUCCAAGGGAACGAGCCGGUCAUUUACAAAAGUCUGGGUCAGGGAACGGCACUGAAGACGGAGAACUCUUUAAAAUGGCUUCAAGAUCCCGUCUUUGUUGGGUCGGCCUUGAUCGAGGAGAGCCAGCCGGCGAGGAACCCCGUGGGCGACGACGACAAGAUCUACUUCUUCUUCAGCGAGGCGGGGAAAGAGUUCGACUUCUUCGACAACACCAUCGUCUCGCGGAUCGCUCGCGUGUGCAAGGGCGACAGGGGAGGUGAGCGGGUUCUGCAGAAGAAGUGGACCACCUUCCUGAAGGCCCAGCUGCUGUGCUCGCUUCCUGACGACGGCUUCCCCUUCAACAUCAUCCAGGACAUGUUUGUCCUGAAGCCCACCGGAGACAGCUGGGAGAGCACGGUCUUCUACGGCGUCUUCACUUCCCAGUGGUAUAAGGGGGCGUCGGGCAGCUCUGCGGUGUGUGCCUUCAGCAUGGCUCAGGUGGAAGCUGCUUUCAACGGCCGCUACAGAGAGGUCAACCGGGAGACCCAGCAGUGGUACACCUACAACCACCCAGUACCCGAGCCGCGGCCCGGAGCGUGCGUGACGAACCACGCCAGGCAGACGGGCAUCCAGUCGUCCUUGCACAUGCCCGACAAAGUCCUCAACUUUGUGAAGGACCACUUCCUGAUGGACAGCGUGAUCCGCAGCGCCCCCCUGCUGCUGAAACGCAGCGUGCGCUACACCCAGAUUGCUGUGCACAAGAUCCAGGGGAUGGAGAGGGCUUACGACGUCCUCUUCAUCGGAACAGAUGACGGAAAGCUUCACAAGGCCAUCAACGUCAACGAUAAGAUGCACAUCAUAGAGGAGAUGGUUCUGUUCGCAGAGCCGCAGCCCGUGCAGCACAUUGAGCUGGACCCUCAGCGGGGCCUGCUGUUUGUGUCGUCGUACUCGGGCCUGGUGGAGGUUCCCGUGGCGAACUGCUCCAACUACCUGAGCUGCGGCGAGUGCGUGUUGUCCAGAGAUCCGUACUGUGCCUGGACGGGGCAGCUGUGCCGGGACGUCAGGAUGGCGCCGCCCGACAGCCACUGGCAGCAGGACGUGGAGGAGGCGGACACAUCAGCAAUUUGUAACUCAACCGUUCCCUUCAUCAGAUCUGCCAGACCAGCAGCUUCCCGCGCAUCCCGCUGUAAGACCAUUACGGUCCCGGCCAACACGUUUCGCGUCCUGCCCUGCAAGCUGCGGUCCAACUUGGCCCAGAGGAAGUGGCGUUACAGCAAAGACGCCAGCCAGUUCCUGUACGAAACGCCGGAGGGGAACCUGGUGGUGGUGGCCCAGUCCGACCGCACCGAGACCUACGAGUGCUGGUCGGAGGAGGAGGGCUUCCGCCAGCUGCUGGCCAACUACUGCGUCAGGGCGGAGCCCCGCCAGGAAAGCACCACCCUGAUUGGUCACUCGCGCACGCCUCACGUGGCGCCGGACGAGACCAUCAUCCUGCCCGGCGAGUCCCGCGCCGAGCAGGCCCACACCAAGACGUACUGGAACGAGCUGAUUGUGGUGUGCGCCCUGCUGGCCUUCUCCCUCGUCGUCUUCUCGCUGUUCGUCGUCUACAGGAACCGAGAUCACAUGAAGUCCAUGCUGAAGCAAGGCGAGUGCCCCAACAUGCAGCAGAAGAAGGCCCGCAUAGUGGGGAAGCCCACGGAGAGCUUGCCCCUGAACGGGAACACCAUCCCCGUCUCCACUUCGGACCACAAGGGCUACCAGACGCUAAACGACAACUACAUCUGCAGCACGCCCACGCACGAGUCCUCGCCGGAAAACAGCAAGAGCUUCUCGGAGGCGUCCGACCGGCGGCCGCUCAACGCCAAGGAGAGCCACGUGGAGUACUCGCCGACCUGCCCGCGACCCCGAGUCAGGCUGGGCUCGGAAAUCAAGGACUCCAUCGUAUGAGGAGCGCCACUUCUCUGUGUGUUUUCUUUUGUUUGUUUGUUUCCCCAAAAACGACGACAUCCUGCAUCUCCCGCGAGCGAUACGGGCCGCCGAGGGAAGGAGCGACGACCCUGACUUCCUCCCUGCAUCACAGCACAUCCUUUUACUUUCAGCCAUCUUGGUUCUGUGAUCAGUCGCGGAGGUCAUUUCGUUUUCCACCCCGGUCUGGUUUGCUGCGGAGGCCACACUCCAGGUUUCCACAAGGAUAACAAACCAUGGCGGCUGCUAGGAUCAUACACCACCGUACCUUUUGAGCCUUUUCUGAUGGACGCUCACAAAUUACGAGCCUGCAGGUUAAGGAGUGAGGCGACACGGGGAAAGCAGUUUUAAAAACAACGGCAUCUUUUCUGGUACCCGUCGUUAAUCAUCAUCGAUAGUUGCCCAACUCUUGUUAUGCACACAGAACCAAGCUACUGCUACACGGUGACCAAGAGUUCAGGGUAAAGUGGAUGUUAUAUACAAGUACUUCCCUGUCAUUAAGUUCACCUCGCAUUUUGUUCCCUUUCUGCCGAAUUAAAAUGUUAAUGACUGGUUGAGGAGAAUCCAUUACAUGACGAACAACUGCAACGUAAAGAAGAGGGAUCAAACGGAAACAUCGGCUUUGAUGCCUAAAUGCUGUCGUUUAGGCAUCAAACGCGGUCCGUCUCAUCUGGAACGGCUCUUUCUCUAGAGUCUAAGUAAGAAAAGUUUCACAUGUGGGUGAAUGAAUGGACCUAGAUGCUCAGUGUUUCAGACUUUACAUUGAGAGGCUGGCGGCAGAGUGAAAUGGGGAACAUCUCCACCUCUCCGUAUAUUCAGGGCAGGACUGAAACCAUCAUGUGUACUGUGCCAAAAAACAACAAAAAAAAGAAACAGCAACCCAGAAAUAACUUGAUUGUCUUAUCUAAAUGCAAUAGUGCCAUCCUGUCACGACCAUCUCAUGGUUCUUGUUAGCAUUGAUCAAGUGUCAAAGAGCACAUGGUGACGAACCCAGGGCCGGGGUUCCACUGGAAUAUCGUGGCACUAAUAAUGAAUAAAUGUGAAGAUCCACUUUUUUUUUUGGGAGAAUUUUUCACUAGGACUGUUAGCUCAUAGCAAACUGUGAAGAACGUGUUGAGCAGAAUAACUGAUCUUCAUGUGAGGGGGGGGCCAAAGGAUUUGACGCGUACUUGCCGUGUGGUCGUCGGUCUUUUCCGUUUUCCCUCUGCCUUCGUUCUGACAAUACAGGUGUUGGCUACAGCUAAGAUUAGCUAACGAUACAGGCUUUUGGGUUGGUUUUAGCUUUACGCUAACGGCUUCAAAAAUGACGUUCCUGAAGAAAGAGAUUGAAUCUGGCGCCCUACUGGUCUGAAUGUACCUACAUGAUGUACGGUGAUUUUAGGCCCCUUGAACUCUGUCAUGCGUUUUCAUGUUACAACCAGAAAUUAAGAUAUUUUGGGGGAUUUUUACCAGACUUGUCAACACAAUGUAGCAUAAAAUAGCUCAAGUUCUGUAAGUGGACAUAGUAUCUCGAUAGAAAAUGUAAAGUCUUGCCACAGAUUUGUGAAAAACAUUCGGAAAUAUAGGUAUCAUUUUUCCUUUCGUUUCACAGCUACAUACUUACCUGGUGUUCCAAAAACUAAUCCCAAUAAAUUUCAGCCAGGUUUGCAGUUGUAUCACGGCGUGACAAAGUCCAAGAGGCACAACUACUUCUCUAAGGCACAGCAAUGAUGUAGAUGCAAGGUUUAUACACCCCUAAUUUUCCAGGUUACAUGUCUUAUCCACGUGGCAUUCACCACACUCAGUCAAAAGCCAAGGUAAUGCAAAUGUGAAAGCACAGGUAAUCAGGGUUAAAGAUUUGCACAUUUCACUUCACUUAAAUCACAUGGGUGUAAAUCCAACUACUGCAAUUAGAACUGCAGCUGCUAAGGACAAUAACCUUUUUUUUGUUGUUUGUUUGGGGGGGGGGGGGUGUAUCAGUUGAAACAUUGACCAGUGCAACCAUCUAUAAGCACUGCGUUUCACACGGACCUCUUGAGACUUUCACAAAAUAUAACAUCAACUAUUUCCAAAGAAAUUGAAAGCUGAUAACGUUGCCAGUCUGAGUGUCAUAUUUACGAUAUGGCAAAGUGUCUUAGAAUACACAGAGACAUGUAAUAUGUUGAACAAAUAAGAGUACAGUAUAUAUUCCAGUAUUAAAUGGCUAUUUUCAACACGAAGCAGAUCUGAAGCUGCUCUGAAACGGCUCCAGGUUGACAAAGUAACGGCACAGCAUACUGCACAGCAGUGGUCAGCGUUCCCUCUUUUCCAGGUUGUUUCUUGUGUAAAUACAGUGCCUGUGCUAAAUAUUGUGUGUCGUUACGGGACGUUGUGCAAGAUGUGUCGUAGAGGUAGUCUUAAACUAGAGAGUGAACACUGCUGAGUAUUUUAUUUUUCUGUUUGUUUUGUUUUUACAUAGUGCUUUACUGCCAACUUGAGCAAACGCACGUUUCACCACACUAUCCGUUCAGCACCUUACCUGAUUCUAAUCAAGCACCUCAAAACAGGAUACUUAGUUUUAAGAAAAAAGUUGUUUUUGUUUUUUAUUAGUAUAAUUGGCUUUUAAUUAGCCUACAGAAUUGUUAAGCAACAAUUCUUUAUUGUUUAAAACAGGUAUUUUUGAAUAGCUAAAAAGAAAACGGUUAAAAUUUACAAAUUGGUAACUGUAGCUAGCUUCUACCUGUGCUAGCUAGUGAAGCUAAAACAAAAAUUUAACAGUUGAAUAAUAUUUCACAUUGUACUGAGUUGCUAAAAAAAGUAAUUUUAAUGUUUGAGUUCUGGUUAUAGUUUCAAAUUUUAUUACUUUUCUGUUUAGUUGUGAUUGCUAAAGUAAGUUAAACACCCACAAAUUAACAUAGUUGCUACUUAGCUGAGGUUCCUAGCUGCCUGUCUACAAAUUAAAAUCUAGGCCAGAAAGAAGUCUUUAUUCUUGUGUUUUUAUAUUUAAUACUUCACUACAUGACAGAAAAUGCAGAAUAUGGCCAUUACAUUUAUUUUUAGUUUUUCUUUCCUUCAUGUUAUUUAGUUGAACUACAAAAGUAUUUCUAAUUAGCUCAUGGAUGCUGCUUAGCUUGGCUUGCGAGGCUACUAUAAACAAAUUUAAAUUGAGGGCAAAUAAAUUAUUUUUUUAUAUUUAAUAUUUUACUUGUUGAUGAAAAAGUAAAUAUUUUAGUAUUUGUGUUCCAGUAGUAUAUAUUUAAUUUAUUUCAAUAAUCACUACAAAAAUAUUUAGCUAAUUAGCUCGUAGCUGUUUUGCAUGGCUUUCUAGCUAUUCCCAGUUUGAAUCGAGGCUUUUAUUUUUUUUUUCGGUUUAUACAUGUAUUUUUUUUCUUAACCUUCUCGAGAUGGUGGUUGUCUAGGGCAUCCAUGAGAACUGCUGGCCUAAAAACAUAAUUUUAUUGUAAUUAUUAUUUCUUAAGCUUAAAUUAAGCCUAAAUGUAACUUCUCUGGUUUUACACUUGCUAAGCAAACACUGUAUAAUUAAAACUGGAGUGUAGAAACAGAAGCUGGAUAUUUGCAGCUGUUAUCAACAAAUAAGUUACUCUCUCAAACAUUGUGUACUGCUAGCUGAAACUCAACCAAUUUUUAAAAACAAGAAGAUUUUAUCAGAGGUACACAGUAAAAGUCUUUGGGGUGGAAAUAUGUUUGCAAACAAAUUGUCUGUGUAACCUGUGUUGAAGUGCUUGAUGGUUAACGCUGCCACACAAAGAAAUGCCUUUAGCGUUUGGAUGUGAAGAUGUUCUGCCUUCAGCUGUGUGCUACACUGUACACUACCCAGCAGUGACCUCGUCAACAGAAAUGUGGUCAAUGGCGUGAUUGUAGCCCCGGCGGGCGCACUUAACUCCACUACACAACACGGGUCGGUAGCAGAUUUACAUAAUCACCCAUGCCGCUUUUAUGUUUGCCUACAAACAGAACCGAGAGCCGCUCCGUUCUGCAGCCUUGGGUUAUGUCAAAAAAAAAGAAAAAAAAAAACCUGUUAAAGAUACAAAUAGAAACACGGAGACAGUCAACAGCAUCUUAAGCAGUCGGUGUUUUUACUACACACUUGUUAAGCUGCUUUACAAAGAAACGCUACAAACUGUUUGACUUCACUGGGUCCUAUAUGAUAAACCUGUGACAUUAACGUGCAAAACACACUUCCUCAGUAGUGAAACUGUACUGGAUUUGAAUGUAGCCGAUUAUCUACAGCAGUCUUAUUUUCCUAAAAAUCCAGGUAGUAUAUGAUUCCCAUUCUUUUUUUUUUCUUCAGGAUUUACCUAAAAAAAAAAAAAUAUCUGAACUACAAAAAAAAAAAAAAACACACUUUAGGAGCACUGGAUCCUUUGUGCUGCAUGAUGUAGUACAGCAGCAAACGUUACAAAGCACAACUCCAAAACCCUCAACCAUGAGACGAAGCAUUGGCUCAGCAUACUGAACAACCGGAAGCUUAGUUGACUGAAUAAUUUGUAGACAAAUGUGGUCUUGCCUGCAUGAUUUAUUUUAUUUUAUUUUUUAAAACUGUGUACAAAUUUGUGAACUGUAUUUUUUUGUAUUAUCGAGAUUGUGAUUGUUGUUUUUAUUGUAUAUAAA